CCGCUGCAGCCUCGGCGGCCGGCCGGCCAUGGAAGCCGAGCUCUCCCCAGGUCCGGGUCCGGGCUGUGAGCGCCCCCAGCUCCGCGCCGGCGGUCGGGACCCCAGUGCGCUACGGGCCGAGGCGCCGUGGCUGAGCGCGCAGGGCUCGGGCCCGCGCGCCGCGCCCGUGACGGUGCCGGCGCCGCCACAGGGCCCUUCUAUGGGCGGAGGUUUUGCGGGCUUGGAGUUCGCGCUGCCGCAAGAGCCGCAGGCUGCAGACCUAGGGACCCCGGGGACGUGGGCGGGGGCGGCUGGGCUCCCGACACCGUCGGUGCACAUCCCGGUGCCAGCGCAGAGAUCCCCCCCAGGAAAAGCUCGGCUAGAUGAGGUCCUGGCCGCGGCAGCCCUUACAAGCCUGUCUACUAGCCCCCUCUAUCUGGGGACCUCUGCUGUAUCCUUCAGUCCAGAGCCUGACUUGGAACCCUGGAGGGAGGCCCUGACGCAGCCCACUGACAGCUAUAGCAGCAGCAGCAACAGUGGAGACUGGGUCUGGGACCAGGCCAGCGACCAGUCCUCCCCGUCCACACCAUCGCCCCCACUGCCCCCUGAGGCAGCCCACUUUCUGUUUGGGGAGCCCACUCAGAGGAAACGGAAGGUGAGCUGGGGGAGCCCAGGGCGGGUGGACUCGAGUGCUGCUCCUGACACACACCCUGUUGCCCAGAGCGCGGUCCAGGUGGUGUUCCAGUGCCUGUGGAAGAGCUGCGGGAAGGUGCUGCACACAGCCUCCGCCAUUCAGAGACACAUCCGCCUGGUGCACCUGGGCAGGAGACGGGCAGAGCCUGAGCACAGUGAUGGUGAGGAGGACUUCUACUACACUGAGCUGGACAUUGGUGUGGACAUGCUGACCAAUGGGCUGUCCAACCUGGCCCCAACGUCCCCUGAGGCCCCUGUGCCGCCUGCCUUCCCCCAUCUGGACCUGCCCAGCCUGCUGCGGCCCCUGGCCCUGCCCCUGCCCCCUUUGCUUAGCUCUGCAGUUCCUCCCAAGACAUGCCACGGUGACCAUGCCCACCAUGCUGGGGAGGCAACAGGUGGCAGCUGGGAGCAAGUCUCAGGGCACUCUGGAGAGGAGCGAAGUCCAAGUUGCAGCUCCCCCCAGGGCUGCCUGGCACCCGUCCAUGUGGACCCACAGCCCACUGAGGGCCAGGCCACUGCACCAGCCCUGCCCUCCAAGCUUGGUGCCAGCUUGAGGAAGCCCCGCGGUGAUGCCAAGAAGUGCCGGAAGGUGUACGGCACGGAUCACCGGGACCUGUGGUGCACAGCCUGCCGCUGGAAGAAGGCUUGUCAGCGGUUCCUGGACUGAGCCCACUGGCCCUGCUGUCCCACCUCCUGUCCUGGGCAAUCACCAGGCCUUGCCUCUUGUAGCUGUGGGGCUACUUCCUAAGGCAGGAGACAGUAGGGGAGAUGGUGACCCUGGACCCCAGCAGUGGGGAAAGGGGUCCUGCUAUUCAAAGUGCCUCUGAAGAAGCCAGCGUUUUUGCACUAAAGCCAAAUAACAUCAGUGUCCUCUUGGCCCCAGGAUUGUUGCCCCCCUGCCUGUUGGCCCAGGACUGGCCAAGGAUGUUGGCAGGCCAGCUGUAGGGUUCGGUCCAAGAGGCACUUUGAGGGGUGUUGAGAAGGGGACUCCCAUACUCACACCUAAUGCAGUGGUUUAGGGGCCAGGGCUGACUUUUUCCAUGUUUCUGAAGCUCAGGUGUCUCACGUCUGGGCCACCAGGCGAGGAGAAAAAUUAAAAAUUGGGUUUUUUUUCCAGAAGCUGAGUCUGCCUCCUGGAGGGAAGGAAUGGGUCCAGGACCUUGUGGGCAGGGAUGGGGGGAGGCCACGGGGCUGGGGGUCUCCAAUCCAGCCCCCUGUAUCCAAGAUGAGGCCGAGGAGGGGGCUAUCUGAAACACAGGAGGCAUCUGCUGGGAGCAGCAAUUUCCCAAUUUAUUGAAAGUAAUCGCUUUGCAAGAAUGUCUAUGCUAAUCCCGUCACAGAAAGGAACUCCACAGGCAGGCCUGGAGCCUGUGGAGGCAAGCAGGAAACUCCAGACCCUCUGUAGAGAAGAGAAGGUGAUGCUGGCUGCUGGCCUGGCCUCUGGCUACCAAGACCUAGGCAGCAGCUGUGAUUUUCCACCAAUGGACUGAAAAACCUCCCCAAAUAUUAAACACAUCUCCAGUACAAACACAGGUUUAUAAUAAUAUAUAAAGUCAAUAUAAUAGAGCAUCCCAAGAAAAAAAUCAACAGUC